GUGUAAAUUGCACGCAAUGUGAAAGUAGAUGUAUUUUAAACGUUCGACUGUUUUAUGCGCAGUUUAAAGUCCGUUUUGCUAAUGUCUGGCUAAUUAUUAAAUGACAGUAUGCCUAUAUAGCUGUGACGACUCUCCAAUUAUCAUGUAAAUCGGAGUUUAAAAUAAAAUCGACGGUAGCGACACCUAUAAUGCAACAAUGGCGGAAGGACCGGUAGCACGGCUACAGCAGCUUGAGAACAUUGAGAAGGAUAUUGCUACAGCAAUACAAAGUGCCGGUCAGGCCCUACAAGAACUAGCAAAAGACAAACCUGUGUUGAAACAAGUCGAGACACACACCACCAACUUCAUGAAGAUUUUGAUGGAGGUGGAGAAAAAACUAACGCAACAGAUUAACUACCUGACACAGGUAUCUACAGGUCAGCCACAUGAAGGGUCAUCGUACGCUGCACAGAAAGACCUGACGUUAGCUUACCAUCGUAUGGACCAUAUCAGAAGUAGGCUGAUGGACCUCGGCAAACUUCAUAUUGAACAUCAGCAAGCACAGCGGCAGCUAUCAAUUACCAAAGGCCCAGCUGCUUCGGGGCAGAUAGGCGAUGGAAGCUAAGAGCUAAUCAGUGACUAUGCUGGACCUAUUAGCUUUGAGUUAACUCCCCUUAUAGUGCACCUAUGAGGAUCGGUGUUGGGUUUGUCUGCACGAGAGAAUAAAACAGAGAAUUCCGACAAUUUACAUAAGUUUUCUGUUGGAGUGAAAAAGCAGACGCUCAGCCAGACUGUAUUGGUGUUUGUGUAACACAAACUUCGGACCUGCUGCGGGGAUAGUAACAAACCAUCCACCAGCUGUUGAAAUAGUAACAGGUUAUCUCAGGGGAGCAUAGCCAUAGGUUGAUGAAACAAAAGGCAGAGCUGUGCGUGUAUUCUUUAUACUGUGUAUGACAUUAUUUCACAGGAGAUCAAUUUUCUCAAUAAUCUGUUAUGAGACUUGUACAUAAAUUUGAAUUGUCUGUAAAGAUAAUUUCUAUUGAUUUAUCAAUGUUUCAACAGCAUCCUCUAAGAUGCAAAUGCUUGAAUUCAGACAUGGUUCAUAAAUAAAGUACAUUAGAUAUGAAAAUAAUUUACAGUGUAAAAAAUGUCCAGGCAAAGGAACAUUAAAAUCAAUGUAUCAUGAUGCAA